GAGAAGAAAUUCCCCGACCGGCAGUUGCAAGUAUGGAAUGUAGUGUUAUUUUCUUUAGUAUAGUUUUAAAAUUGGUCUACCGACAAGCAAUCAGCUCUUUUACUAGCCUAAAAAUAUUGUUUUUAUUCUGAGCUUUGAUAAACCCUUAAAAUGGCACUCUUCCACAAUUUUGUUAGCUUAAAAUAUUCUACAAAAAGUGCUUAAAUUGUGACUUAGAAAUGAAUAUGUUGAUCACGUUUCACUACACUGACUCUUAUUCGUAGAACCCAGAAAAAUGUUUACAUUGUCACUGACUGAAAUAGUUUGUAGUCCAUUUAUUUUGUAAAAUCGCUGCCUAACAGCUGCUUCAAAGUGGUGACCUCCAAACUCGUUUGCCAAUUUCGACAGUCGUUUUUUUAAUCAUGGCAGAAAUAUAUGUUUAUCAUCGACAAGACUAACAGGGUCUGACAGUGAAAUUGAUUUUCUUUCCAGAUCUGUACAGUUUGUUUUUCAGUUUUUUUGUUCGUAUUAUGCGCUCAUCUUCUUAUCUCCCUCAGCAAGAAUGACUAGCCGCAGGAUUAAUCAUCCAGCUUCCGUUGUUGAUAUUUUUUUAUAGACAUAUGAAUAUUCAGUUUAUCUAUUUCAUUAACAAUACGUAAAUGCAUACGGUUUUUGGACACACGUUAUAUUUAUGACAUUCAAUUUGAAAAAGCUUAGGUCAUUAGCGAUAAAGAGAUAUUCAAUAUACUGUUAAGCCAUAAAAAGCAAUGUUAUUCCAGCGUUGUCAUUGGUAACCACCUUUAAUUUUCAAUUUAAUUAUGUACAGACUUGCGUUUGCAGAGGCAAUUAGUGAGGUGGUAAAGCUAAUUUAUUCAAUGUGAAUGAGUGCUUGUAUUCUCAUUAUUUUAGGUGACAACAAAACGUUAUUUAGAUAAUGGAAACUUUGCAAAACAGAUAAGUUUAUGUUGCCAGUUUGGAAGGAUUGAAUUCGGAACGACGUCACCUAGCCCCAGAGAUAGGCGUCCUCUUGACGGCCUUCGAUUCAAUCGUACUCUGACGACGAAAGAGAGGAAAACGUUUAGGUUAGGGAAAGUAGUUCACAUCAUCUGAUUCGGAGCCUGAGCAUGGUGACUACAGAUUGAGCACAAGAAGCGGUAACUGAGACAGAACAGAACGGCAAAACCCCUCGUCGGGGAUUUUUCUUUUACAAGGUAGUAUUCGUGAUGAACACAAUGUUAAUAUUUUUUCCAUUUUAAUUAAUGUCGUUCUGUGGUCUUGUAGCGACUGAACAAACAGACUUUAGUCGGAUGAUGUUGCAAUUAAUGGUUCUACUUUGAAUAUGCAUGUUUCCUCAAGUAUUGAGAUGUAUUAAUAUACAAAGAAGAACGAAGAAAAAGAAAAUAAAUUUCGUAACAAGCAAAUUAACAGGCAAGCACUUUUUUUAUGACCGCAACUGAAUUUUCUUGACGUGGUUUUAAUUUGUGGCGAACACCAUAACAAUCAUACAUUAUUUUAAGAACUAUUUUCUCAUGGAAAUUACCACUCCUCUUUAGUUUGCAUAAUCAUUUUUUCCUGCCGGUAAAACAAAAUUAAACAACCAUAUCGCUCAAUACUGACUCAAUAUCCCUCAUUCAGUUCGUUAUCAACAAAAACAUCCGUAAGUGUUUGUAUAUAACAAAUGGAGCGAAACGUCUUUUAAGACAACAUCGUCAUUGUCAUCACGCAUAUCAGGAUGCAUUUGUUUUUGGCUUGACCAAAUCAUGCGCUUUCCUUAAAAAUAUUUUUGAUAUAAUCAUUAUUCUUCAGCUAUGUCUUUACUUAUAUCUGCUUUUUCUCUCACUGUUUUUUGUUUUUUUUGUUAAUAAAUGAACUGCUGGGUCAGUUAAACCAAUUCCCUGAUCAUGAAAGCGGAGACGUCACAGUGGAAGAGAGCCAAACAUUCUUUGAUGGUUAAGACUAGCUAAGCGCCGUCCGCCUUGAAAAUGUCAUCGACCGCGGAUAUCACCUUUAAAGUUGUCUUCUCUUUCAUGAUCAUCGUUAACUUUCUUGGCAAUACGCUGGUCAUCUUGAUCGUCCUACGAAAUCGGAGAAUGCAAACUCCUAUGAAUUAUCUGCUGGCUAACCUUGCUUUGGCAGACAUGUUAUUUGCGCUGUUUUUCAUUCCACGGAGACUACUCAUCACAGAAUUCAGGCACCCUGGAGGGUGGGUUGGGGAUUUCUUGUGCAAGACAUUUACGCACGCAAACCUCUCCUGGAUGGCAUCAGUGGCGGCGAUAAUAACAUUGUUAGUUAUUGCAUGGGAGCGAUACCACGCCAUAAUCCAUCCACACAACUCUCGAGUCCGCAUGACAAAGGGAAGGCUCAGAAAAUUCCUUAUUUUUAUCUGGAUUUCUUCAGUUGUUUUUCUGCUGCCUGAGACGGUUGUCAUACGUUAUGACGAAAAUAAGCCAGCCUGCAUUUUUGACUUUCCUGACUGGCUUGGUAAGGCGGACGCAACCAUGUGGCUUUUUGCCGUAGGUCUAUUUCCACUAGGUGUCAUGAGCAUCCUGUACGGUCGCGUGGUGCGCCGGCUAUGGUUUAAUAGUGACCACACAACUAAUGUAUCCCAGCGUACAUUGCUGAGGUCGAGGAAACGUGUUACUAAAACCGUCUUAGUGAUAACUGUGGUCCUGGCAAUAUCUUGGCUUCCUAACCUCAUUUAUUACUUCCUUGAGAUGUUCCUGCUGAUAAAUGACACGACGACAAUACAGACCAACAUUGGAUCUACGGAGACACUGUUUCGCGUUGUCUCGUACGCAUUUAUAUCGAUAAACUCUACCGUAAACCCCGUUAUAUAUGCUACACAAGACAGAUCAUUUCGACGUCAUAUGUGGAGCUUAUUAACGAAAUGCUGUGGAACUCGUAACAAUAAAGUAUUUGGAGAACUUAGGCAACCUGGCGCAUGUGUAACAGUUUCAGGAGCAGGAAUUGUUCUAAACGGGGUUGGUAUGGAAUGCAAAUUUGAAGAUCCCACACCCAACCAUUUAGAAUAUUGCAAAGAUACUCAAUAAAAACUACGUCUUUGUGCCAA